AUGGUGGUGUGUACCUUGUCUCUGUUAUCUCUGCUUACUUCUAUCACCCAACAUGCCUUUGCUGCUCAACCCUCUGCCCCCAAGCCCAUCCCGGCUCAACUGCGUGACUUGGAAUGGGGCCAGCUGAACUUUCUCCAUACCACUGAUACUCAUGGCUGGCUGGCCGGUCAUUUGCAGGAACCAUUCUAUUCCGCAGAUUGGGGUGACUAUGUCUCCUUCACUACUCGGAUGCGGGAAAAGGCAGAGGCGCAAGGACAGGAUCUAUUGGUGAUCGAUACAGGCGACAGAGUCGAAGGCAAUGGUCUUUGGGAUUCAUCGGAGCCCAAAGGUGUCUAUGUUUCUGAAAUCUUGUGCCAGCAACCUAUCGAUGUGAUCACGAUUGGAAACCAUGAGCUGUACAAGCAGUAUACAUCCGAGGCCGAGUUCUACACCACUGUGCAUAACUUCCGGGGCCACUACCUAGCAUCGAAUGUCGAUAUCAUUCACCCUGUCACCAAAGAUGCCGUGCCCUUUGCCCCUCGAUACAAGAAGUUUACUACAAAGCAGCAGGGAAUUCGCAUUGUUGCGUUUGGCUUCUUGUUCGACUUCAAUAUGAAUCACAAUAACACGAUCGUCCAGCGCGUGGCAGAUACCAUCGAGGAAGAAUGGUUCCAGGAAGCUAUUCGGGACACGAAUGUCGAUCUCUUCCUGGUGGCCGGACAUAUUCCCGUUCAUUCUCAGGAAGCAGAAGCCAUCUUCAAAGCAAUUCGGGCUGUCCGAUGGGAUGUACCCAUUCAAUUCUUUGGUGGUCACUAUCAUAUUCGCGAUUAUGCACGCUAUGAUGACAAGGCCUAUGGUUUGGCAAGUGGCCGUUUCUUGGAGACUAUUGGCUUCAUGUCAAUUGAUGGUCUUUCCACUGGCACUCCCCGCUUCAGCCGGAGAUACAUUGACAACAAUCUCUUUUCGUUCUACCAUCACACAGGCCUUGAUGAUCAGACAUUCCCUACGGAACAUGGUCAAAACACUUCUCAGCUCAUCCAGGAAUCGCGAAGCGCACUAAGACUAGAUCAAGUGUAUGGCUGUGCUCCCCGAGAUCUCUGGAUGUCCAGCGUCGAGUACCCCAAUGAGAGCAACAUCUAUACGUGGCUCGAGAAAGAAGUAAUUCCCGAUGCUUUGAAGGAUGACAAACGUAGCGGCAAGCCAGCCGUUGCCAUUGUUAAUACCGGGGCCAUUCGGUUUGACUUGUUCAAGGGUCCUUUUACCCAAGACUCCCUAUACAUAUUGUGUCCCUUCACAAGCGGGUUCCGCUAUUUGAAAGACGUACCUUACGAUAAAGCACAGUUGAUUGUUGAGGUUCUAAACGAGCAGCCUCAGAUCCUGCUCGGAUCGCAGCACUCCGCCCACUAUCCUAUAUGGUCUUUUGCACCACCAGAGCAGGCCGCAUAUCUCCAUGACAUAGUAGUUUCUGAUGAUGACAGCCGUCCGUCUUUUGCCUCUAAAGUCAGUCAGGCUCUAUUGUCAUGGUCAAGUCAGAGUCAUUCCAAGCCUAAAUUACUCCCAGGAUACACCACCAAAGACGACGGAGGCUCUGAUGGUGAUGACACUAUCCACUCGCCUAUUUCUUUUUACCGUGUUCCCAAUUGCAUUCAAGCCUCGGUGUCGUCCAACUCGUCUGCGACACCAGAUACUGUAGACUUGGUUUACAUCGAUUUCAUCGAACGGUACAUAACUCUCGCAGCCAAGAUUGCAAGUUUUGAUAUCGAUGUCCCGCGGAACAGUGAUGUGUAUAUGCCUUCGAUGAGCCUGACCAAUCUCAUUCUAGGUUGGGUGAAGGAUAAUUGGAAAUGUGAUACGACAGCAUAA